CUAACUUGGAUGUGGCCGCAGCCAGAAAACCCAACGGUAAGGUUCAACUCAUGGCGUCAAUAUCUCUGUUGGAUGACGUCACUUUGCCAGCCAGGCCUCCCUUUCCCUUAUUUAUACGCGGCUCCCAGCUUUCUUCUCCAAGCAAACCCCGCCUCAUCUCUCUCUCUCUCUCUCUUCUCUCUCUCUCAUCAGACAUAUUUCUAAUUAAGCAAAUUAAGAUAUGGAAUGCAGUGACAUGAACACAAUCAUGACCACACCUUCAUCAACCCUUCAGCUCUCUCGCUCCUCAUCUUCAUCAUCUUCUCCUCCUUCUUCCCCAAGUCCUACUCCGACUCCACCUGUUGUUGUAAGCCCUUGCGCCGCAUGCAAGAUUUUGCGGCGACGGUGUGCGGAGAGAUGCGUGCUGGCGCCUUACUUCCCUCCCACUGAGCCAGCCAAGUUCACCAUAGCUCAUCGAGUGUUCGGUGCUAGCAACAUCAUCAAGUUCUUGCAGGAACUCCCAGAAUCCCAGAGGGCUGAUGCAGUGAGCAGCAUGGUUUAUGAGGCAAGUGCAAGGAUAAGAGACCCAGUUUAUGGAUGUGCAGGGGUAAUAUGUCAGCUCCAAAAACAAGUUAGCGAGCUCCAGGCACAACUAGCCAAGGCACAAGCCGAGGUUGUCAACCUGCAAUGCCAACAAGCCAACCUUUUAGCCUUAAUUUGCAUGGACAUGUCUCAAACUCCUCAUCAGGCAUCGCCUCAUGAUCAUCAUGAUCAGCAGCAAUAUUCACACGAAAAUUUUAUCAGUACAAGUCCCGAUCAAAGCUACCAGAGCAAUGUUAGUCUGCCCUUCCUUGACGAUUAUAACAACCUAGGCUUAAUGUGGGACCCUCUUUGGACAUGAUUAAAAUCAUUUAAAAUUAUAUAGUCAGUAGCCCUAUAAUUUUGAAAACUCCUCCCAAGGAGAAGUUGAGGAAUUUUUUUUUUUUUUUAAAAAGAAGGAAAAAAAAAAGAAAAGAAAAGAUGAUCAUGAUGAUCACAUGAUAUAUGUUGUAUGAACAAAAGUGGGGGAGAAACUACUGAUCUUUAGGAUCCAAUCUCUUUGUUAAAGCUAGGCAAAGUAUAGAUGGGUCUUUUUCCUAUUCCAUGUAAUAAUCUAUAGCAAUAUUGGUGAAAAAAGGAUCAGAUGCGAAUUUGGUUCGUGUCCAUCAUGAUGAUCUGUAGUACGUAGUGCUGAUUAUUGAGUCUUGAAAA